AUGACGUUGGACCCGCUAGGAACGGACAUAAGCCUUUUGGACAACAACUUAACGCAGAUCUUUCGAGACUCGGAAGAAUGGCUAACCCUGGAGUACCUGCUACAAAUGAAUGUGAGGACGUCCAGGGUCCGACUGGUCCAGGCAUGGCACCUGUCUCCUGUGCACCUCAUAAACAAAUUUGAAAAGAGGAAUUCGAAUAAGUUGGUUUUGAAAAGUUUUAUUGACGCAUCGUCCCUGGACAUGGAUAACUCCAUCCAGGACGUCUGCACACGCGGUUUUUCCGUGUCGCGCAGGGGGCUGCGCCUCUCCGUGGGAAAUUUCAACAUCCCGGGAUUCCCCCUAACAUCACUAAACGCGGGACGAGCAAUGGUGAACCCAAACGAACUGGAGAGCGAGACAGGCACAACGAACAAGGCAAAGAAAACUCUGAGGAACAUCCUAAAGCACAGCGAAACGGUGUUACUAUCAGGAGAGAGAAGCGUGUUCGAAUUUUUCUUAUGUGACGUCGGCGUGGGUCUCUCUCUAGCGGUCAGCGAAAGGGAAGCAGAAAUGUACAACAGAGACACAGUCCCAAUAGAAUAUGACAGUAUUUUUAUUGACAAGAAAAAAGGGAGUGCAUUGGAUCACUCGGUGACCAUCCAUUAUAGCGAUAGGGAUGAACAGGAAGGUAGUGGCAUGUCAAGGGGGGGGACAAACCAAGAGGAUGAAAACAGCGAAAGGAUAAAUUUAGCCUUGGGUGGAGAUACCAUGGCAUCAUGUGGAGUACUCCCACACUAUACCUUCCAUCAUGAGUACAUCAUUUUUGAUAACUCACAAUUGUUACCUCGGUACUUAAUACAAUUUGAAUGUGACCCAAAUGGAGAAGAACAUUUCAGCUUGCCCUUAUGUGACUACUGUGGAAAUGCACCAUCUGUCUUUUAUUGUGAAUCGGAUGAGGUAAAAUUAUGUGCCAAGUGUGAUCAUAUUAUACACAGCCAAAAUAAACUUGUGAAGAAACACAUCCGGAAGACACUAAACGAAGCACAAACCAUAUCAGGCAAAUGUAAAGUACAUGUACAGGAACGUGUGAAUAUGUUCUGUACAAUUUGUCACAUACCCAUAUGCAAUAAAUGCGUUUCGAGUCAUGCACACACAGAUUUGUGCGGGGAAAAUAGCCCAUGGUUCAGUAACAAAAACGAUGCAAUAAUUUCACUAAAUUUAGCUUAUAAAGCCAUCAUCAAACACAGUGCCAUUCCUUCAAAUGUCGUCAAAGGCGAAAAAAUUAAAUUAAAUCAUAUGUUGAAAAAAAUCGAUAAAUUAUAUGAACAAGUCAGGUCAAAUAUAAAAGAUACGGAAAAACAUGUGUACACAAUUUUAGAAGAUGUUAUUAAACAGCUACAUGUAAUUACUGACCAGAAAAUGUGUGCAGUGUUGAGUGAAGAAUAUGAAUUGAAACGACAAUUUAGCGAAAUUGCAUGGAACGAAAAUUUUCUCUAUUAUCUACAAACAGUCUUGCCUCCAGCUGAUUUUAUGAAUGCUUGGCUUAAGCACUGCUUGGUACGAGAAGAAAUUGAAAGGAACUCGGGCCACGCGGAGACGCCCAACGCGCUCGUGUUCCCUGACAUGUGCAUUCGCGGAAAUAUCAACGUCGUCACGGAGGAGUCUGCGCGCCACGCGGAGGGAAAACAACACUAA